CCUCCGACUCACGUCAAGCGCACGUUCGAAAUGGCCCGCAUUGCUUUGUCCGCUCUUCUUUUGGCCACCGUCGUCAUGCUGAGCGUCAUCUCGUCCGGGAGCGCAGACGACGACCACAAACAUAAAAAGGUCAUCAUUCACGUCCCGUACAAGAUCCAUACCAUCCACCACCACACCGUGAAGAAAGUGCCAGUGUACCACUACUACGAUCACCACGACCACCACCAUCAUCAUCAUCACGUGCACAAGGAGGAAAAACACCACCCGCACAAAGAGGAACACCACGGUUGGGAAUGAACAUCGGAUUUUGGAACUGAUUUCGGCGUGAUGUGUCGUUUCCGGAUCAACUUGACGGAAAAUGACAUUUCUGUGAUACUACAAAUAUAUUUUUACCAUUGUAAA